AGCCCAUACACGAGCACACAAGUGCGUUCGAUCGGUAUGAAUUCGUUUGUCCAUACACGACACACAAAUCCAUUUUGCGUCCGUUCUUCACAGAGUUAACAUGUGCGACAGGCAAGCGGAACAUUUCUUGGAAUUUAUUUCUAAUGUAGCAUUUUUAUCUAUUUCAUGGAAUUUCGUUAAUAAGUUAUUCCAACUUUUAUUUUUCUUACACUAUGUAUGUAUAUAUAUGAGCGCUUAGGCAAAAAGCGAAAACUUUGAAGCUGGAUUUCUCGGUUUUUCAUUUUUACGAUUAUUCUUAAUUGGCGGGCAGGAUAGGAAAAAAACUAAACGUCGUAUGGAAUUAGGGCAAAGUUUAUUAUCAUUGAAAUAAAAUUAUCUUAUAUUUAAACUGAAAAAUAUAUUAAGAAAAGUCAAGUUUUAACAUAUUUUUAAACAGCAUAAAGUAAAAUUCUUUUGAUCAAAAGCCAUUAUUUAUUCAAUUUUUAAUAAAAUUUUAAAUUUUACACUUUUUUUUGGAAUUGUCUUAGUUUAACUAGAAGAUAAAUUAAUAAAAAAUAUGAAUCUCUUUGAAUUUUUUGUUUCCGAUGAAAUUGCGACCUGCAUCCUGCCCGCCGUCCGAAAAAUGUACAUGCGAGAUGCAUCGGGUAAUUGCUUCCCAAAGGCAGAAUAUCAAAGAUUUCGUAUCCAAAAAAUUUGUGAAAGAUGUUCAAAUAUAUAACUAUAAAGCCUAGAAAUUUCGCUUGAAUCAAUUAUUUCUUUCCCUCCCAAAAAAAUCCUCAAAAAAAUCGAUUUUUUGAAGCCUGGAAAGCAGGCUCUCCCCUUAACACUUGCCAUUGUCCGCGAUCUUCACUGUUCGGCGACACGAGAGAAAUGAGAUUUUGUGCGCCGACAACGCCAUACACGAUAAACAUGUUCGCGCACCGAUCGUAAAAAAUCAAACAUUUUCGCGAACAUGGAUCGGUACGCGAACAAGCCCAUACACGAUAAACCGCAAGCGCACACAUACCGAUCGAACGCACUUGUGUGCUGGUGUAUGGGCGCUUUAAAGCGGCCUUUACACGGUCACAUAUGUGUGACAACAUGUGUGACAUCACACCAAGUUGGACCGUGUAUAGGGGAAAAAAACAUGCUUGUCACACAUGUUGGAAGUUUUUAAACUUGUUUAAUUUUUCUGCUGGUGUGUCACACAAAUUUGAUCGUGUAAAGGGCUGCUUGAUGCGCGCAGUGUAUUUUUUCAGUCGAAAAAAGACAGUGAACAGAAAUGGUGUCGCGCAUGAACGAACAAUUUUGGAAAGAGUUCUUUGAACUCUAUAGAAGUUUUCCAGAGCUGUGGCAAGUAAAAAGCGACUGCUACAAAAAUAAAAACAAAAAGAAUGCAGCUUAUGAAGUUCUUCUGACAAAACUAAGAGAAAUUGAUAGUAACGCUAGUUUAGACAAUUUAAAGUGUAAAAUUAAUUCAUUACGGACAUCUUACCGCCGCGAAUUUAAAAAGAAAAAGCGAAGCGAAAAAUCUGGCGCUGGUGUGGAGGACAUAUACGUACCUACGUUGUGGUACUUUGAUGACCUCUCUUUUUUAGAGGACCAGGAGGUGCAAUUAAGCGGCUUCUCUUCAAUCGAAAUUGAGGAAAAUGAAGGAGAUAUUGUUGAAGAAAAUCGACCACCUUCUGCAAAGAAAUAUAAAAAAGAUUAUAGCCGAAAAGAAAGGAGUGAGUUGCUAGCUAAGGCAGUUGAAGUUCUUGAUAAUUCAAACCAACAGAAGGACGAUGCAAGCACACUUAGCUCAACGUGGGAAUUGCUUUUCAGAAAACUUUCUUCCACACAACAACUCUUUGCCAACAAAGGAAUAAUGGAAGUUUUAUAUCAAGGAGCAUUGGAACGCUUGGAUGAAAACUCCUACAAAUUAUUCGAAAAGAAAACGACACAGCAUAGCUUUCCACCACGAUCAUCUUCAACACCAUUUUUUUCGAGCGAUACUUCAUCUGCAGCUUCACAAUAUUUUGUUUCCACACCGCUGCAAAGUCCUGAGCUUAUAUCACUUCAAUCCCAUGCGCACCAACUCCAGCCAUCCAGAGCAGUCAUCACUCUACAACAGUCAAGUCAUCACUCUGGACCACAACAACCUCAGUUUAUACCUGCAAUCAGCAUAAAUUCGCAUGCGAAUGGAAACAACCUUGACGCGACCACAAAAUAUAGCAAUUUUAAUGAAUUAUUCACCGAUUCAGAUUAUACUUAACUUUUUUGAAAUGUAAUUAUUUUAAGUAUAGUUUAUAAGCACUCAUAUUCCUCCCUUUAUGGCUUUAGUCUUUUACAUUUUGAAAAAUGUCUUAUGUUUUUUGUUGAAUAAUACAUACAGAAAUAAAAUCCUUGAGUACUUUUACUAUUGAUUCA